CUGCGUCUCUUCGCCUUUAUCAAUUUAGCCAGUGCCUAAAAUAUGGUUUUGUUUUCUUAGAAAGGCGUGAAGUCGGCUGGGUUUCGAUAAGAAGCGAUGCUCGCCUGUUUUCGCAGAUACUGAGGGUUAUUGGCGGACUUUUGAUGCGCUGAAGUUUUAAAACGAAGAUGACUUCAAAGAAUUUUCGACUGGAUGAUUUCAUCGCAGGAUGGAUCGGCGGCGCUUCCAGUGUAGUCGUAGGACAUCCGCUGGACACAGUGAAGACGCGGCUCCAGGCGGGCAAUGGCUACCAGAACACGCUCCAUUGCAUCCUCACCAUCUACAAGAAGGAGACGGUGAUGGGGUUCUUUAAGGGCAUGUCUUUCCCGCUCGCCAGCGUCACUGUCUACAACUCAGUUGUGUUUGGCUUCUUCAGCAACACUCAAAGACUCAUAAGCAAGUAUCGCUACGGCGACGGAUGGCAUCCCUGUGGCAUGCUGGACAUGACUGCAGCCAGCAUGCUGACCGGACUGAUGUCAGUGGGCCUUGGAGCUCCAGUGGAUCUGGUCAAGAUCAGACUGCAAAUGCAGACGCAGACGGUUCUGGCAGGGAACCUCCAGCUGGCUGGUAAUGUGUCCAAUGGCACCAACAUCCCCCUGCGCUCCGUCCACAUCCCCAACCAGCGACUCUACAGAGGCCCGAUCCACUGCAUCAGCAGCAUCCUGCAGACCGAGGGAAUACAGGGACUUUACAGAGGGGCCGGAGCCAUGAUCCUGAGGGACGUCCCAGGAUACACGCUCUACUUUAUCCCGUACGCCAUCUUCUGUAACUUGCUGACCCCCUCCACCUCCUCCAGCCCUCACCCCUGCUCCAUCUGGCUCGCAGGAGGUUUAGCAGGGUCUAUUUCUUGGGUCACGGCCACCCCAGCCGAUGUGGUAAAGAGCCGAAUGCAGGCCGAUGCCCAGCUGCAGAGGAAGUAUAAUGGAGUUUUACACUGCAUUAUCCAAAGCUACAGAACUGAGGGAGCAGAGGUUUUCUUCCGGGGAGCUUCUGUUAACGCCAUCCGAGGCUUCCCGAUGAGCUCCACUAUGUUCCUGACCUACGAACUGUCGCUGCAGUUCUUCAGGAGUGUUUAGGAAUGCAGGGAUAACGCAAACGCUCGGCUGGUUCGGAAGGAAGCACACAGCGAACCGGAGCCAGUUUGCUUAAGACGAGAGAUUGUGAGCACUUUAUAUUGGCUGCUUUUAGUCAAAUGUUUUAGGUCUGAGCCAAAACUGACCCUUUUAUCAAAAAUAGGUUACUUGGAGAGUGAGGUUUUCCUGUUUAAUACUCCAAAUCAGAUUAUUCGGAUCACCAAAGUCAUGUGUGCAGAGUCCUGCUUUAACACCUGAGCUCAGAAAAGCAGGAAUACACAAAGGUGAUUUGAUACUUUAGGCAGAAUAAGGAAAGUUUCUGAAAGUGUCACUGAAGGUUUUUCACUGAGCUGUGUUGAAAGAUUCAUCAAUUUUUUAAAAUCUUUUAAUGAUUUCUUAAUAAAUUUGUUGUAAAUGGGAA